AUGUUGAGAAUGUUUGCCGGCAUGGACGGGUUCGGGGGUAUGCUGUUGGUGGUCAUCGUGCUCAUGGUCCUGGCGGUCGGGGCCUCCACCUUCAACUAUAUCUUGACGUCAGGAAAGAGCAAGGAGGUUGAUUUCGAGGGAGAGGACGACUCUACCUACGCUUUUUACGCUUCCAAACGGAAGAGAGCUUCCAGUCAGGUCUCCGUGCGGCUUUGA